AUGUAUGGGUCAUCGGGAAUGUUCUUCGGCAUCAAGUUGAGAUGUCGUAAAGUUACCCUCCCUGUCUAUGGAGGGACCGAGUCCAUGGGCUGCUUUCAUCAUUACGCCGAGAGCCCCUUCGUUGGAAACGUUUCCAGCAGAGUCGAUGGAAGACUGGCGUGGCCGCCACAGAAACUUGAGUGCAGCUUCCUCUCCGGCAGGACGUCGGGAUGCUGGGCUGGUGCUUGGCCUUCCAGGAUCCGCGAGGAGACCCACAAGUGCUUGAAAGGCGGAGAGAUCGAAGUUGUGAGAGGAUCAGGAGCUCAGAGCUACGACGGCAGAGCAUUGUCGACUGGGUGUGAGAGGAGUUGA